AUGAUUACUCGAUACAAAUUAUCCAUGCGGGUCAUAAAUCAACAAAAAUACCAGUUAGAUAGAGUGACUAAACAAUGUUUAGCGCAGAUUCCCAUCGUAAAAUUUAAUAUUCUUGCUUUUGUCGAUGAUAUUUGCAUUAUAGGAGAUUCUAUAUCACACCUCCAAUUGCUAGUGGACAUGAUGUCCCAAGUUGCUGAUUUUUUUGGUUUAAAAAUAAAUAUUGAUAAAACAAAGUUGUUGACAUCAAUAUUCUUCCCUCCAAACAUGAAUCUAACGAUACAAGGGAGAAAAAUAGCAGAAGUUCAACAAUUAAAAUAUCUAGGAGUGAUACUGGAUAGAAAAGGAAAUACUAAACUAGACCUAAUAGCUAAAAUAAAUAAAGGAAGACUGAAAUAUAGAUCUUUUAUGAAAAUAUGGAGUUCGAAUCAAUUAUCAAUUCCGUUAAAGAUUCGAUUAUUUAAAACUUUAAUAUUCCCCUCCUUAAUCUAUGGUAUAGAAACUUGGAAAGAUACCAAACAAGAAAGUAAAAAGAUGCAAACGUUCAUUAACAAAUGUCUUAGAUAUAUUACCAAAACUUUCUACCCGUAUAAUACUUCGAAUCAUAAUCUUUGGUCCAGAUGUGACAUUCUCCCUAUAUAUAGACUAUGUGAAUAUAGGAAAAUCGAAAUAUUAGGGCACAUUCUCAGACAAGCCCCAAACAACCUAGUAUAUCAAGCCCUUUUUAUUACCCCUUUGGAAGAAUUAUCUCUCAAACCUUUCCUAUCCUACAAAAAUAGUUGGUUUGGUAGAAUAAAUCGAUCAUUAUCGGACAUAGAUCUAUCUUGGGAAUUCAUAAAACGUGCUUCGUUAGAUAGAAAAACUUACAAAAUCGUAUUAAGACUUAUUUACGAACACUUGACGAAUAACUGCUGA